CUAGGAAUGCGGAACACUGCCAAUUUACCGUUGGGAGCUGGUCUCCCAACGGUAAAUUAAAUGCGUUCCGCAUUCAUGGAAUGCGGAACGCAUUUAAUUGGCCGUUGGGAGACCAGCUCCCAACGGUGAGGCUGCCUAUAAAAGGGAUGGGGGGUUUUUGAUUUGUAAGAAAAAAUAGUUACUAAAUCAAAGAAAAAAAAUGAGAGUAGAGGGGAGAAAAAAAAGUAGUUUCGAGGUUAUAUUUUGAAAAAUAUUUCGGGAAAAAGUUGGAAGAAGUUAUAUUUCGGAGCUAAACGGAUCUAUUCGUGAAGUGUUAUAUUUUUUAUUCGAUAUUUAUUUAAAGGACUACAAGAGAAAUGACGAGUCCAAAUAUAUCUUUGUUGAUAUGGUGUGAUGGCCGUAUUGUGAGUUCUCCGUGUGGAAUAGAAUACCACGGGGGUCGUCCGGUUAAUAUGGCGCUUAGCGAGAGAAUGAGUUUCGAGGAAUUACAAAAUAUUUGUAGAAGAGCAGUUUCUACCGACGGGGAAGUAGAAAUUUCAAAAAUCUACUUCCGGCUUCCAAGAAUAGUUGAGGGUGCGAUACGGUCGUACUCGUUGUUUUCUGUGGAGAAUAACGAGCAUGUAUUUGGAAUUCUGAACGAGGUCGUGCGGUAUCCGCAACUCGAGAUUUUGGAAUUGUACGUGGAAUACGAGGCCGUGGUUCGCAACAAGACUUUACUAGAUCAGUUGGUCUUAGGUGAUUCAAGCGGGUCUGAGAGGGGUAGUGGUGAAGAGGAAGAAGAGGAAGAAGAGGAUUUCUACGACAGCAACGAAGAGGAUGUCGAGGAAGACUUAGGAGCAGAUUCACAAUAUGAGUCGCAACUUCCUGAGCAUGUAAGAACGGCGGAUCUUUGCGACUUUGACGUCGCCCCAGAGGAUGAUGAAAAGAUUAUGUGGGAUCCUGGGAUGGAAUUCCGAGUAGGGAUGGUAUUCCCAAAUCGCGAUGCCGUCCGAGCUUGUGCGACUACUUAUUCGGUCGGGGUGGGAAGAGAGUUCAAGGGUCGCCGGACUACCAACUCGACAAUAGUGUUGGCUUGCAGGCAGAACCCUGUAUGUAAAUGGUGGCUGCGCGCUACACUUCUGCAAGCAACUCAGACGUGGACGUUGACAAAAUAUAUUGGCCCGCACACGUGCAAUCAGCUGUUACCUGAUCCAAACCAUCGGAAUUUUGGGUCUGUUGCAAUCGCAGACUAUAUCAAGGGUCAAGUAAAGCUGCAACGUGAUAUACGGAUCGAUACCCUCAGAGCUGGAAUUUGGCAACAACUUGGAGUUAGGCCUCCGUAUAAACGAACCUGGAAUGCAAAGGAAAAGGCAAUAGCUGAUGUUUACGGUGGCUGGUAUGAAUCAUUUGGUAUGGUUCACAAGUUCAUGAACGAGAUGAUGCAUGUCAACCCUGGAUCUUUCUGGGAUGCAGAAGGCGCUGAGGUGUACACCGACGGGAUCCUUCAGCCGAAAGUCGUAACGUUCAUCCGAAUGUUCUGGACUUUCAAACCGACAAUUGAAGGGUUUCGUUUUUGCAAGCCAGUUUUGUUCGUCGACGGUACUCAUUUGUAUGGCAAAUACAAAAUGACCUUGUUGAUCGCGUCGGCAAUCGAUGGGAACAGUCACAUCAUGCCACUGGCAUUUGCACUUGUUGAAUCUGAAAGUACUGCCAGUUAUGAGUACUUUUUUGAACAUUUGCGUGAGCACGUGAUUUGCGAAAGGAAGGUGGCCAUUAUAUCUGAUCGGCACGCUGGAAUAUUGUCGGUUCUGAAGCGUCCUGAAUGGGCCGGUGUCGCCCACAAGUUUUGCAUCAGACAUUUCUGUAGUAAUUUUCAGACCAAGUUUAGGAACAAGGUUUUGAAGAAGCUGGCGGAUAAAGCAGGCCGAGCAUAUCAGAAGCACAAGUAUAAACGCUACAUGGCAGCGAUCGAGAUUAGAAGCCCAGAAGCGUAUGCAUGGCUGACUAAGCAAGAAAAGCGGCCUAAAGAAAAGUGGACAAGGGUGUAUGACAAAAAAGGGCAACGACACAAUGUGAUGACAACUAACUAUGCUGAGUCUGUCAACGCGACACUGAAGAAUAUAAGGGGGCUUCCGAUCACAUCAAUGCUUGAGGCAAUUUUUGCGCGGAUGGUUAAAAUGUUCGACACGCGUUGGAAGACGUAUGAGGAUUCUAGGAAUGCGGAUUAG